UUUGCACAAAAGGAAAUUAAAAAAUAAAAAUAAAAAUGGGAAAACUCGAAAACAAGACUGAGGUUGGAUUCCCUUAAAAGUGACUACCAAAUACACCGUGUUUUUAUGCAAGUGGUGAAAAAUUUUAAUUUUUAAGUUAUUACACUUUUAACCCACGUAAUCCACCAUUUAUAUAGAAACACCAGGAACACGUGGUGUAUCACCUCGUGUGACGAUCACACUGAAAAAUCUAUCACCAAAUACAGAGAUAUCCCUAUCUUUGGCGCGCUUGCAUGCAUGCAUGUAUGAAAAUUAACAGACAAUAUCAAUCCAUAUAAAGAACAAGUCCCAUGAAUAUUAACAAAAAUAAAAUAAAAAAUCACAACCAACUCACGUUAUAAGUUUCUGAAUCAAAUUACAAAUUUUCUUUUGCCAAUAAAAUCUGCCCCAGAUAUGAUAUUAUCCUACAAAUAUAUAUAACUCAACAAAUCUUGUCUGAUAUAGUAGAUUGAUGAUUGUGCAUCCAAUGUACCGUACAACAGAAAAUCUCCUGCAUUAAAUUCUCGUUCAAAACCGUAUCUCCUGGUCUGUGCUUUCGUCUCAUCUCCGACGAACCAUGACUAGAACGAAAGUGAAACUGACCUACAUCAGCAACGACUCGGCGCGAAAGGCCACGUUCAAGAAGAGAAAGAAGGGUUUGAUGAAGAAGGUGAGUGAACUCAGCACCCUUUGUGAUGUUAAGGCGUGCGCGAUUAUUUACAGCCCGUAUGACUCCCAGCCGGAGCUCUGGCCAUCGCCGUUGGGAGUCCAGCUGGUUCUCGCACAGUUCAAGACCAUGCCGGAGAUGGAGCAGAGCAAAAAAAUGGUGAACCAAGAGAGUUUCCUGCGGCAGCGGAUUACCAAGGCCAACGAGCAAUUGAAGAAACAGAGGAAGGAGAACCGCGAGAAGGAGAUGACGAGAGUGAUGUUCCAGAGUCUGAUGGGGAAGUCCCAGCUCCACGGUUUGAGCAUGGUUGAUUUGAACGAUUUGGGGUGGCUGAUUGACCAGAAUUUGAAGGAGAUCGACAACCGGAUGAAGAAUCUGAAUGAACAGGAUUCUAAGAGCCAAGUGCAACUACAACCAACGGCGCUGCCUGUAGCUGCCGCAACUGUGGCGGAGUGUGGAGUGGAGAGGCAGCAGGGUUUUGAGCUUAACAAUAAUGUGGGCACGGCGGUUCAAAGGCAGCAGCAGCCGUUUUUCAUGGACAUGAUGAACGUCCCACAAGAUCAUCAGCAGCAGCAAAUGGUAGGGAUUGGUGGUGGAUACGAGAUGAAUAUGCUGCCGUUUGCGGCGGAUCAGAGCCAAAUUAAUGCUAUUUGGUCCAAUAGUUCAUUUUACCCUUGAAAUUUGCUUCUGUAUUAUGGUUUGUUUUUAUGAUUCAGCCUCGAACCAUAUGGUAGGGUUUUAGUGUCGAGGCUUGCAAACAUUGCGUGUUGUUCACCCUUUGAUUAAUCUUAUGUAAUAAAGUUAGACCACA